AGCCCAGGACUGACCAGACAGAUUCACACAUCAAGACUCUCCAAAGCAUCUCCAGGACCAAGAAGCCAUCUAGAGAAUCUCCACUGUCAGAUCCAAGGAGCCAUCCAGAGUCUCUCCUCUCCACACACUGAAGAUGGAGCAAAGCCCCUCUCUCACCCUGCUGCUGCUGCUGCUGCUGGGCCUCUCUCAGGCCAACCCUCUCAUGGAGGAUGGAAGUGGACCAGAGAUCCUAACAGACAACCCAGAGGCUGUAGACAUCACUGAGAGAAUUCUGACCACUAAUAACGGCUCCAGUCAGUUUCUGUUGGAGGGGGACAUGGUGGCACCAACAACCAGAAACGCCAUGAUUUGCUAUAGUGCAGGGUGCUUCUGGAAAAAAGGCUUGAACGGAUUGGUUGAAGUGCCCUACACAGUGAGCAGUAGCUUCAGUUCCUCUGACAAGCAGGGCAUUGAAAACGCCCUCCGGGCCUUCACUUCCAAGACCUGCAUUCGCUUCGUGCCUCGGCAGAAUCAGGUUGACUUCAUCAGCUACGAGCCCAGAGAUGGGUGCUGGUCCUCUCUUGGGAGAGUGGGAGGCCAACAGACGGUUUCUCUCCAAAUGAACGGGUGUGUUUACUUCGGCAUCAUUCAGCACGAGACUCUCCACGCUCUGGGCUUCCAACACGAACAAACCAGGAGCGACCGUGACCAGUAUGUCACGAUCAACUGGAGAAACAUCGACUCUAACAAUGCCUACAACUUCGAUAAACAAAACACCAACAACCUGAACACUCCCUAUGACUACAGCUCUGUCAUGCACUAUGGAAAAACAGCCUUCUCUAUCAACGGGAUGGACUCCAUCACCCCCAUCCCCAACCCCAACGUGCCCAUCGGCCAGAGACAGGGGUUGUCCACCACGGACAUCCUGAGGAUCAACAGACUCUACGGCUGCUGAGAGGAAGACAUCAAGUCACAGGAGAAAAGUCUGGAAAAGACCAGAUGAAGGAAGUCAAG